GAAUAUGUGGCUAUUUGCAUUUUUGCCUACAUGUUUGUAUGUAUGUGCGCAUGUAUGCUUGCAUGCCCUUCUACUCGAUUCUCAUGAAUUUAAGUAAGUCGCAUAGACUUCGAUUUAAUUAGAGGAGUCGGCGGCUUCGACUGUGGAGGAAGCGGCCUUACUAUGGCAGGAGGCGGCUUUGGCAUAGUAGGAGGAUGCGGCGGCAGCUUAAGCAAAGGAGACGGCGGCCUUACUAUGGCAGGAUGCGGCGGCAGCUUCAGCAAAGGAGACGGCGGCCUUACUUUGGCAGGAGGCGGCUUUUACUAUGGAGGAAACGGCGGCUAUAGCAUAGUAGGAGGAGGCGGCAGCUUGAGCAAAGGAGACGGCGGCCUUACUAUGGCAGGAGGCGGCGGCGGCGGCGGCUUUAGCAUAGUAGAAGAAGGCGGCUUCCAGUUUGUAGGAGACGGCGGCCUUACUUUGGCAGGAGGCGAGUUUUACUUAGUAGGAGGAGGCGGCAGCUUGAGGAAAGCAGACGGCGGCCUUAGUUUGGCAGGAGGCGGCUUUAGCAAAGUAGGAGGAGGUGGCAGCUUGAGCAAAGGAGACGGCGGCCUUACUAUGGCAGGAGGCGGCGGCGGCGGCGGCUUUAGCAUAGUAGCAGAAGGCGGCUUCCACUUUGUAGGAGACGGCGGCCUUACUUUGGCAGGAGACUGGUUUUACUAUGGAGGAAACGGCGGCUUUAGCUUAGUAGGAGGAGGCGGCCUUACUUUGGCAGGAGGCGGCUUUAGCAAAGUAAAAGGAGGCGGCAGCUUGAUCAAAGGAGACGGCGGCCUUACUAUGGCAGGAGGCGGCGGCUUCCCCUUUGGUGGAGACGGCGGCCUUACUAUGGCAGGAGGCGACGGCUUUAGCAUAGUAGGAGGAGGCAAAUGAGCCGCCGGGCUCAUCAUAUGGAGAAGAUGGCAGGUUUAGCAAUGAAGCUGUCGCCUUAGCUUGACCAAAGGAGGAUUCAAUAUGGCAAGAGGCGGCUUGAAUUAAUGAGGAGACGGCGGCUUGAACAAAUAAGGAAAGCUGAAUCAAUUAUGCAGAAGAAUAUGGCUGAGGCCAUUUAAAAAUCUGGGAUGUGUUUAUACAAAAGUUUAUCUCCCGCCUACUGAUAGAUGACGUUAAAAUUAUCGUCCAUGGGAAUUCACAGGUGAGUAGGUAAUUACAAAUAUAUAUUUAUCUUAAUAUAUAAAACUGUUUGUCCUGAAUGAUUUAAUGAUUGGUGAUCAACGUAGUUUCCUCUAAUUUGUAGUAAACUAAUUUUAAGAGCCCUUCGUAAGAACUUAAUGUUUCAGCCAUUUUGGAAAAUCCACCCGCAACUGUGAGUGCAUCAUAAUAAGCCUGUGCGAGAAUUUACAGGUGAUUACCGAAUAACAAAUUUAUAUUUAUCUCUAUCUCUAUCUCUAUAUAUUAAAUAUAUAUAUCUGUUGGAUCAGAGCACAGCCCAAGUCGUAAGAGAUACGAGGCUAAACAUUUAACUAUAGUUACAUUUCUUAAAAAUUUCACUCGCUAGUGUGGAAAAAACGUGUAAAUUAGAAGUGAAAUGAGGGGUGCAUGGAAUGCAUGGAAAAUGUUGUAGUCUGGUUCUUCUUGUCUUUGUCUACAUUCUACAAUAGCAUAUAUCCAUAUAUUAUAUAUAUGUACUUCAUGUCUUUAAGGUUUCUUAAGAAACAAAAGCAAUCUCUGCUGAUUCAGCAAGGACGCCCACCUCGACAUCCGCGCCGCAGCUAAAUGCUGUCCAAGUAAAUAGAAAAUCAGCUUUGAGAGCAAUUAGAAAUUGUGUCUUAGCCAUCGGCUUGGGCUUAAAUUUGUUACUGGACACGCGCCGCGGCUUAGAGGCGCCACCGACUGGGCAUUAUUUUAAUUUAAUUAAACAUUUUUUUUUUCGAUCCUUAUUGGACGACAAAGUUUUGCUUGCUGCGAUUUUUUUUUUUUGCUCUCCUUUGUUUUUCGAAAAAGUUGUGUGGACUUGGCUCGUGUUUUAUCCAUACUUUAAGAGAGAGAGAAAGGCGCAUAAUCAAAUUAAAUGUGACUUUGAGUCAAAGUUGUGCCAAAGGCUUUCCACUUCUGGCAGCUCUUUUCUCUCUCUCGCUCAUAAAGGUGCGCUAACUAAAGAGCUCUUAAUAUCCCGCGCAAAUACACACACACACACACACACCUUUCUAUGUCUACCCAUCUCCAGUUACAGGCUCUUCCCCGCAUUUAUCUCCGUACCCAGCGAUACUUUUGCCAAAUGAUUUGCGUGAAUUUUUGCAUAUGCCUCGCAUCGAAUUUCACAAAGUUGCCUGGCAACGAGCGGUAACAGGGGCAGCAGCAGCAGCAGCAGGGGGCUGGGCCAGGGGCAGGAGCGCAGGGGAAAGGGGCGCUGUUUGUGCUGCCUAAAUAACAAAUUGUAAAUAGCAGCGCAUAAAUCGAUUACCGGCGAGCCUUUCCGCUCCGCGCCCUUGCUUUGCCGAAACAUAAAUAAACCAUUUUUAAUAUGCGCGUAAGCAGUUUUCUUUGCAUACCCUGGCAGCUGCCAGCACAGGGUAUAUUCGUUCCCCCAAAGCUACCUUUAUGUUUUCAUUAAAUAUAUUUGCGAAUUUUUAGUAAAUCGAAAGAACAAAAAAAAAAUUAACUGAAGCUAACUUCAGACCCUUUUUCAAGCGGGGUGGAUUAUGCGAAAAGGCUGAAACACGUCUCGAAUGAAAAUAAAAUAAGCGCGAUAUGCAUCAGUUCAAUUCCGAUGCUAGAUAAAAUAAGUUAUAUGCAAUAGUUAACACAGUUAUUUUUUGUUCAUUUCUCUUUUGAUCUCUAUUUUCCACCCAGAAAUAAGUGGAAUUUUCGCCAUGGGAAGGUGCAUUUCGCCAAGCUACAUAUUGAAUCACAAUAGGGGUAGAUUUUGCCGAAAGUAUGAAAUAAAUUUCCAUUGAAUUUUCAAAAAUAUCUUUGAAUAACAAAUUUUAACUGAUUCCGUUUAUAAAUAAAUUCAAUUUAAUACGACUUGACUUCCUUGCCAAUUUUCCACUGCUGCGGGUGAAAUUUCCAACAGCGCUGAUUGGACAAUACUUUAAGUUUGAGGAAAAGUUUUCCACCAGAAGCAGUGAAUUUUCCAAAAAGUGUGAAACACGUCAUAAAUUAAUUUAUUCACCACCCUGAAUUCGUUCUUAAACAUUGGCUUGAGCCGUCCACCGAUGGAAACAUGUUUUUCGUGUGCGCACAACUAGGUUUUUUUGUUGUUGUUUAGGGUAUUUGGAAGUCGAGCAUAGCCGACUCAAGCUGUGUUAAGUUGCGCGUUCGCUUUGCUUAUUUUCUUUAUUUCCUUUUUACGCCCGAAAACGGCGAACAGUUAGCUGCGUGCGAGUGGGCGGCACGGCUGGGCAGGUUCGUCUCGUUGACUUUCCAUUGAUUUCGCUUGUUGGUUUUUCGGGGUUAGACUAUAAUAAUCCCGCAUAGGGUGGCUCGUCCUGUUCCCCUUCCUUCUCGCCAACAACCAUUGCUUUGAGCUUUUGAGCGCUCGCGCGGCAAGGAUUUAAUUUUAUUACCUUGCUGCGUCUCCUGUUGACUUAUUAUGCUGAUAUGAUUAAGUGGUUCAGUGGUGGAGCGCGCUGGCGGUGCUUCGUUGAGCUACUUGAAGUUUGGCUUACGGUGCGAACUUUGUGAGGGGCUGCUUAGGCGGUGGGCGGACGGUUAAGGCAAUUGUCUAUAAUAGCGAAAUUUGUGGGCUAAUUGCGAAAAUAUGGCUAAGCGAGACAGAAAACGUUAAUCCUUAUCGUUUCGCUAUAGUAAUCGUCAUCGUCAUCGCCGUUGCUAUUGUUGUUCUUUUCGCUAUUGCUAUUUCUCAUCACUAUUAUGAUCGCUAUGGAAUUUUUAUCGCUAUUAUUGUUAUCGUUAGCGAUUUAAAUUUAUUUAUAUCAUUAUCGCUAUCAUUAUUAUUACCGCUAUAGAUUUUUCUGUCGCUUUUAUUAUAGUUAUUGGUAUAAAUAUAGUUAUCGUCAUCUCUAUCGUUAUCGCUUUAGUCAUAGUUAUCGCUAUUAGUACUGCUAUCGUCACCGCUAUCGAUAUCCUCAUAGUUAUCGGUAUCGCUAUGGCUACUAUUAUCGUAGUAGACAUUGCUAUCGCUAUCGAUAACGUCAUAGUUACUAUUGUCGCCAUAUCUGUCGGGUUAGCUAUUGUUGUCGCUAUCUCUACUGCUAUAGCUAUAAGUUCUUAUUAUCGAGAUCGCUUUUUCGAACGCAGUUAUUACUGUUAUCGCUAUCGCUACUGUGAUCACUUUCGCUAUCGAUAUUGCCAUAGUUAUCUCUUUUGCUAUCACUUAUAAUUAUAGCUAUCGCUACUGUUAUCAUCAUCGCUUUAGAGAGCUCCAUAGUUAUCGCUAUCGCUACAGCUGCUCUUAUAAUCAAAGCAAUCGCAAUCGAUAUGUAUUCUAAUCGCUAUCGCUUUUGCUAUCGCUAUUAUCGCUAUUGUUAUCGGUAUCGUUAUCGUUGUACCAAUUGCUGUUUUUAUCGUUAUCGAUCGGCUCUUUGCUAGUCCCUUUUGGCUGGCCACGAAAUCUGUUUAGCUGUGAUUAAAUUUGAUUUUGAUUUUAUUGAAUUUAAUUUUCGAGCAAGUUUCUUCCAUUAUGGCCACGCCCCCGGUGCGCCUGUAGCCUUCAAAAAUAAGUUAUAAGCGCGGCUGCACCUUUGGCCGGAAAGAAGACGAAGAAGCACUUAAAAUUUGCCCUCAACUCUGGCACAAUUGAUUGAAAUUAGAUGAGCUUUUCAUAAUACACGACUUAGCUGUGCGUGUGCGUGUGCGUGUGUCCUUGUUGUGCGUGUGCGUUUUUCCAUUAAGCUCCACUCUGGCCCCGCCUUCCGCCUCCCGUCAUCCAUCACCCGUCACCCGGGCAAGGCAUUUUCCUGCAGUUCCAUCUGGCGUGCAGGUCUCUCCUGUAUAAAAGUUGCUCUUGUCCUGGGACGGGGACAACGCUAAUAUCCUUCAAGCUGCCGCUGCCAAAUUGGUUAUUAAAAGAGUCAACUAGUUGAGUUGCACUGGCAAAGCCGUAAAUAAAUUGAGUGGCGGUUGGUCCCCUUUAAGGGAGCAACACGAUUCACUUAUGCCACAUUUCCAGCUAAAACUUAAGAAACUUUAAGUCCUAUUAAAAUUUGCUGGCAAAACUUUAAACCCAAUCCGCCCACCAAUUACCGAGCACUUGAGCAAACGUGUGCUCCGCUCACGCAUUUUGCAUACUUUCGGUCGACUCAAUCCUUCCCAAUUCUCGACGUGCCGCAACUAGCCAAAGAAGUUUCCUAAAUACCAUCGGAUUGCAAGCUUAUAAAGUACUUGGGAAAUAUGAAGGCAAGAAGAUGGCAAAAAAAAAACUUUCUUUAAAAGUGCUUUAAUUUUGGGCAAACGGCAUCAAUCAGGACGUAAAUAAAUGUCCGAAAAGGUUAACCCAACGUAAAUCACUUCAGCUUUGACAAAGUUGUAAAAUUAUAAAUUCCUGCAGCGCAUAGUUACGAAAUAAUUAGAAGCUAACAUAAUGAAAUGUUGAGAGAGAAAAAAAAAAUAUUACUGUCGAUCAAAUUGAAAUGCCAUCAAUCAAGCUAUGCGAGCUUAAAGUGUGACAACGCCAUGAAAACAGCCAGAGGAAGGUAUCUGCGAUAUAUAUAUAUGUGUGUGUGUGUGGUUUUGUGUGUGCAUGUUUGUGUGUGCGUGU